GGGAAUGCGAGUGGGAAUGGCGGGGAGGUAGGGCCUAGGACUUGGGGUUUAUGACAGCUGAGUCCAGCGCCCGGAGAACCUCCCAGCCUUGAAGCAGGCGAAGAUGCGAAAGGUGGUUUUGAUCACGGGCGCGAGCAGUGGCAUUGGCCUAGCUCUUUGCAAGAGACUGCUGGCUGAGGAUGAUGAGCUUCACCUAUGUCUGGCAUGCAGGAACAUGGGCAAGGCAGAAGCUGUCUGUGAAGCUCUGUUGGCCUCUUACCCCACCGCUGAAGUCAGCACUGUACAAGUAGAUGUCAGCAAUUUGAAGUCAGUGAUCUGGGCUGCCAAAGAGUUAAAGCAAAGGUUUCAAAGAUUAGAUUAUGUAUAUCUAAAUGCUGGGAUCAUGCCUAAUCCACAGCUAAAUGUCAAAGCAGUUUUGUCUAGCCUCUUUUCAAGAAAUGUGAUUCACGUGUUUUCUACAGCUGAAGGACUGUUGACCCAGCAUGACAGAGUCACCGUGGAUGGGUUGCAGGAGGUUUUUGAAACCAAUGUCUUUGGCCACUUUGUGCUGAUUCGGGAACUGGAACCUCUCCUGUGUUAUAGUGACUGUCCAUCUCAGCUCAUCUGGACAUCAUCACGUAAUGCAAAGAAAUCAAAUUUCAGCCUUGAAGAUAUCCAGCACAGGAAAGGCCAGGAGCCCUACAGCUCUUCCAAAUAUGCCACUGACCUUCUGAAUGUGGCUCUGAACAGGAACUUCAACCAGAAGGGUCUAUAUUCUAGUGUGGUGUGCCCAGGAACAGUAAUGACCAAUCUAACUUAUGGAAUUCUACCCCCCUUUGUGUGGACACUGUUGCUGCCAAUAAUAUGGAUGCUUCGCUUUUUUGCAAACGCUUUCACUUUGACACCAUACAACGGAGCGGAAGCACUGGUAUGGAUGUUCCACCAAAAACCCGAGUCUCUCAAUCCUCUGACCAAAUACAUGAGUGCUACCACAGGUUUUGGAAACAAUUAUGUCACCAUGCAGAAGAUGGACAUAGAUGAAGACAUGGCACAAAUAUUUUACCAAAACUUACUGGAACUAGAAAAAUGUGUGAAGGACACCUUUAGAAAAGCAGAUUGCCAGAGAUGAAGCACUGAGCACUUCCAAAUGCAUUCCAGGGCAUAUGGCUCUGUGUGUGGCAUUUGUAAAACAGGGUGCAAUGAUCUUUCUCCCUUCCUUCCAGAAUUAUCUCCAGGACUUGAUGUGUGCAUGUGUGUUUGUAUGUGCACAUGAGAGAAAGAUCAGGGAAAUGCUCCCCAGAAUGGUGUUAUUCACCCAGGAGAAUGUUUGUUUGUAUUGUUCUGCCAAGUGGGAUGCAUAUUAGAGUUCAUCUUUAGUAAUUAUGACACAGGCACACCUGAGACCCACUUUUGAUCUGCCCUGGCAGGACAGGGGACUGCUCACUCUCUGAGCAGUACUUUCAGCUAUAUCUCUUUCCUGAUGAGCAAUAUUUUCCCCCAUGGUCUUCUGAUUUAUUUCCUUUUCCAAGCUGCUUCUAAAAAAUCCUUAAGAUUGGCAGAAACUAAACAAUGGCAACGUGGCCAGUACUCAUGUGAUUAAUCACAGAAAGAAAACAUGUGUCUCUCAAUUACUUGAAUUAUUAUUCUUAAGAGUAUUUUUUAUUGCUGUUGGCUCAGUGUAUGCCAACACUGGGCUCAGUUCUCCACAUUUUCUGGUAUGUUCACUAGGGAUCAACUCAUUUUCAUACUCAGGAUUUUUAUAGCUAUCAACUUGUAGCAUAAAAUUAUUUACUCACAUGAAGUUUCAACAGAAGUUUCUAAAUGAAUAACUGUUAGUCAUAGAUCUGCUGGUAUAAGGGGCACUAUGAUAGUAGAAAAGAAGUGAUUAAAUUAAUUUACAUGUGUCAGAUAAUUAAGCAAAACUAAAUCUUAAACGGGCCACAUCCCAGUCUCAUUGAUCACCUAAACAGUAUGUUAAAAUGAGUACGUUUUCUUUUUCUAUCAAUGAUAUCAACAUAACACCUGAAAUGUAAUAAAGUCAGUUUGUUUUUGAAUGACUAAAUACAAAUGAGCAAUGUCACAUAAUUUCCCCCACAAGUUAAGUGGGAAGUGUUUCAACUUCAGGUUUUCUAAUUCUGUUGAAUUUUUUUCUUUAUGAAGCUAGACAUUCUACAAGUGGAGAUGAGGGCUAUUCCCGUGGGA